CAAAAAUAAAUGUUUUUUAUAUAAAAUUUUCAACCAAAUUCUAAUAUCCAAUUUUAAAUAGUGUCUGCCAAUACCGCCACUAUUUAGUUGCUUUAUACAUAAAUCGAAUAAUCGAACGCACUCUAUUAUGACAACCAAUCAGAUGGAAGUGGAUGACACCGACACCGAAGAAUUCCAAGACAUCGAAGAGUUCUCCGAUGAGGCACCAUCUUGCAGCAAUACGCAGCCACAAUCGAAGCGCUUUGUAGUAAAAAAGUUUCAGGCACAGGCGCUCUGGUCAUGGGAUGUGGCCGUGGACAAUUGCGCCAUUUGUCGCAACCAAAUUAUGGAUCUGUGCAUUGAGUGCCAGGCGAACCCGCUGUGCUCUAGCACCAAAGAGGAAUGCACUGUGGCCUGGGGUGCCUGCAACCAUGCCUUUCAUUUCCACUGCAUUUCGCGUUGGCUCAAGACCCGCCAGGUGUGUCCGCUGGACAACAAAGAGUGGGAUUAUCAGAAGUACGGACGUUAG